AUGUCUACCGUACGGUGUAGUAACAUCUCCGCUUGUUGGUUUGGUCUACCGCUUUUUGUUUCAAAUCCUCAUUUUACAAUUGCCGAUACAUACUUUAUAUCGAAAGUAGACGGUUUAAAAUCGGAUGAAAAAAUGUAUACAACUACGGUUAUAUUAGAACCACGUACAGGUUUAAUGUUGGAACUUAGAGCUAAAUUUCAAUUGAAUUUCUACAUAGAACCACGUUCUCAUAUAAGAUCAUAUCAAACAAAACGUCGUAUGUUAUUUCCAGUUUUUUGGCUUGACAUGUUGUAUAUGCGCACCAAAAACUCUAUUCAAUUGUUACAAAUCGUUUACAAACUAGAAAAAUAUUGUCAUAUCUUUGGUGCUUCAAUAAUCGCAUUAUCAUUACUGAUAUUUAUAUGGCGCGCCUUUAAAUAUUAUUUUCAUCAUAUGGAAAUUAAUAGUAUUGCCAAUGAUGACGACGAUUAUGUUAUUGCAGAUAGUAACGAUAAGGAAAAGGUAGCUUUGUAUAGUUUGCCUACGAAUUUUAACUCGCUAUUAUACAUUUCCUAUCCUCGACGGAGUUUACAAAUUAUUUUUGCUCAUUUAGAUAAGGAUGAAGCAUUAAGUUCGUUUCUGGAAGAAAAUCAGCGUUACGAUUUUGAAAAAGAGCUGCAGCUCAGUGUAAAGUCGAGAGUUGAUCAUAAAUUUUGUAAGCUUAAAUAAUAAACAAAUAAAGAACCGAUCUGAAAAUCAUUUUGCAGAAUAUAUACAAAACAUAUUAAUUUAGAAUUUUAUCCCGAUAUCAUUAUUAAUUCCUGAGUUAUUUACGAUUAAGUGAUUUUUGAUUUAGUAGAGAGCUUUAUAUGGGAUCUACGACCAAUUAUGGGCCAAUCUGGACAAAAAUAUACAGAAUGAUUUGUAUAUAGGUAUGUAUAUUUGUGAAAAAAUGUAUCUCCAUAC